AUGUCUGACAGUUGCGAGGCAUUACCACCACUGGAUGCUAAAAAUACUGAGAUCCACAAGAUCUUCAGGGAAGAAAACUUGACAAACUCAAGCAUCCGAAGACUUGUUCAAUGGCACAACCAAACGUAUCCUUUUGCAACGCCUAUAGUCUCAACAUUCAAGGCCAGCUCUGCUAGGAAAAGGGUCACUUCUUUUGCACCUUAUACAGUCGAUGUGUGCAUCAGGUAUUGCUAUGCCUUUCAACCACCAGAGGAUGGGGACGAAUGUCCAGUGUGCUUUGAAAAGAGAUUCAAUAUUGAUGGUAGCCCCAGAAGAACCAUCAAGAUGCUACCAAUUGGUCCACAACUUGCCACGUUGUUCGAAAAUCCAAACUUCAUCAGAGUGCUUGAUGACGAGGAUUCAUCCAUCAGAGCAAGGUUCAAGGGCGAUACAAUGCAAAAUUUAGUGAACAACAGACAUCUAUUCGACAAUAGAUACGACAUUGACCUGUCCCUGUACGUAGAUGGAUUCCAAUCACACAAAAAAGGCGGUGCAAUGUUGAACUUGGUCAUGAUACAAAUCUUGAGCCUUCCUUCUGCCUAUAGAUACAAAAUGGAGUUCCUGAUGAUUGAUUUCGCCAUUAUCCCAAACACCAAGAGAUUAGACAGUUACCUCCAAUACCUUGUCAACGAAUUGGAAAAAUUGGCUCGUGAUGGACUACAGGUGCAGAGAAACAACUCAACAAGUAUCUCGCUCAAAGUUCACCUCAUGGGAUCCUUUGGUGAUAUCCCCAGCGUCAGCGAACUCAAUUUCCUCGCAUCCCAUACGUCGCUUCAAGGCUGCCGUUUUUGUACGAUCAUUGGCAUCAGCAAAAAUGGUGUUAUUUCUUUUCAACUAGCAGCUAAUGAUGAAGAUCGACCACUACGAUUGCUAACAAUUGAAGAAUACAAAUCCAGUGCACUAGAACUUGGUAUCGAAAGGCCUUCUUUGUUUCGAAACCUGCCAUCAUUCAUUGAUCCAACAUUUGUGGGCUUGGAUGAAUUUCAUUUGUUUGGACAAAACAUGACACCAAGAAUCAAGAAAAUGUUUACGGACAAGGAAUCGAUUCUUCGCUUGAAGCCGCGACAAAUAGAGAAGAUCAGCAUUUGCUUGAACCAACUUGCAAGAAUAUCACCUUUGAUCUUCGAAGGCAAUUUCCUGGAUGUCUUCAGCAAGGGAGGGACAGCUCGAGGAGUAGAUUGGUUGGUGUUCCUGAAGUACUUUGUGCCCACAGUUUUUAUCGACCACGUUGAUUUAUGCCAUUUGGAUCCUACUGUCUCUGAAGCUGCCAAGGAAGCCCUAAGUACAAUAUCCCUGAUUUGCUCAGUAUGCUUGCAGCAGGAUAUAUCUGAGAGCGAGAUACAAAAAUUGGAAGAACUAGUCACCAAGUGGCACCAAUUUCUUCGUCUUCACAUCUCAGCAAAAUUCUUUCCGAUCAGCGAACAUUAUUUGGAGCAUAUCACGAUGAUGAUUCGAAAGAUAGGCCCCAUGAUGCCUCAGUACAGUUGCCGUAUUUUGGAGGGAAGGAUUCAAAUGAUCAAGAAGAGAAUCCAUGGCUGUAAUCAAGUCGCAAAACAAGCGGAAAAUAUCAUGCUGGAUAUUGCAUGUAACAGCUAUGAAAAAAAAAGAACGACUGUUGUGCCAGAAGGACCACAACUGUCUAUAAAGAUUAAGGUAUUUUUGAUGGGUAGAUAUGUCUGUGUUGUGCAACAACAUGGACAAGCUAUGAUAAUUAAAGUGCAUCUCAGCUAUCUAAAUACUGAGGUUCACCAGAUGUGA